AUGAUUUUAAAGCUAAAACCGAGUGCAAAAGGGGCAAAAGAUACCUGGGCCUGGCUACCAACAAAGGAUGGGAUUUACACUGCCAAAUCUAGUUACUUUGAAGCCUCAAAGCUUGAUUCCUCUGUUGGAGACGAAGAGCAACCGGAUCGACCAAACACCGUCACUUUCAACUGGCAACACAACAUAUGGAACCUGAGAACCUCCCCAAAAACAAAGCUCCUCCUCUGGAAGGCUGCUCAAAAUGCUCUCCCAGUGGGUAAGAAUCUACAACAUCGAAAUAUUACGGACUCAGCUGCUUGCUCCCACUGUGGUAACGAGGAAUCAACUCUACACCUAUUCUUCAAGUGCCCCUAUGCGAAACUUGUGUGGUCUAACGCACCCUUCCAGAAUCCUCCCCCUCUGGACACUUUUACAACUACAGACCAGGGCAUUGAAAAUGUUAAUAAACUUACCUGCUUGCCCCCAACAGGUAUUGGAUCAGGCCCCCUAUCCCCGAGGAUCAUCUGGUCCCUUUGGACCUCCCGUAACAAACUGAUCUUCAACAAGACACACCAAUCAGUUGCAGAAACGCUGGAGAUAUCUAUGAGUAGACCAAAAGAAUGGCAGAAGGCACAAAACCCUCUCUCCACCCCAACCCGAAACCCUACUACUAUCAAUAAGCCUCCAGACCCCCCGGUACUUUUCGAUGCUUCACUGACGCUUAAUGGAAAGAAGAUGGAUUUGCAGGCUUCAAAUGGAUCAUCAAAACUCCAGACGACCAGGUCAAGAUCCGCGGCUCAGCCUCUUCAACCCACAUACUCUCACCUUUGA